AUAUUGGCCCAUGGUCCAGAACUCCAACACAAAUUAGGGUUUGAUGAAAAACCCUCUUCAUAAGUGCGCAGCGCGUUGAGUUUGUUCAGUGCCGUAGGAGUGGAGCACUAGUUUCCUCUGCGAUUCCAAAAUGGCUAGGGGAUUGAAGAAACAUUUGAAGAGGCUCAAUGCUCCUAAGCAUUGGAUGCUUGACAAACUGGGUGGUGCAUUUGCGCCCAAACCCUCAUCUGGACCCCACAAAUCGAGGGAGUGCCUUCCCCUCAUACUCAUCCUGCGAAACCGGUUGAAGUAUGCACUGACCUACCGUGAGGUCAUUGCUAUUCUGAUGCAACGACAUGUUCUUGUCGAUGGCAAAGUCAGGACAGACAAGACAUACCCUUCUGGUUUCAUGGAUGUUGUAUCCAUCCCAAAAACAAACGAGAACUUCCGCCUGCUCUAUGAUACCAAAGGUCGUUUCCGUCUUCAUUCUAUCAGGGAUGAUGAGGCAAAGUUCAAGCUCUGCAAGGUUAGGUCAGUGCAAUUUGGCCAGAAAGGUAUUCCAUACCUGAACACUUAUGAUGGUCGUACCAUCCGUUACCCAGAUCCUGUCAUCAGAGCUAAUGACACCAUUAAGCUGGAUCUUGAGGAAAACAAGAUCGUUGAUUUUAUCAAAUUUGAUGUCGGGAAUGUUGUUAUGGUUACUGGAGGAAGAAACAGGGGUCGUGUUGGAGUUAUUAAGAACAGGGAGAAGCAUAAGGGUAGCUUUGAGACAAUUCACGUUCAGGACGCCACUGGACAUGAAUUUGCUACUCGUUUGGGAAACGUGUUCACCAUUGGCAAGGGGACAAAGCCAUGGGUAUCACUUCCCAAGGGUAAGGGUAUUAAGCUAUCCAUCAUUGAGGAAGCUAGAAAAAGGAUUACCGCUCAGCAAGCAACUGCCGCUUGAGUAAUCCCCUUCUGAAUUAAUAGACUUUUGAGUGUUUCGUAGUUUAAUUCAAUGUUUUUGGUUUCAAUUUCUUUUGUCCAAGAGAUUUUUAUCGUUGAAUUUUGACUCUUGCACUAUACAACUUUAUUGUGGCUGU